AUGCCUUCGUCCAAGGGAAAGCCUACCGACCCCGAGCUGAGAGAGGAGCUCAAGGAAGAAAUCAAGCAAGAGCCCAACAAGUCUGGCGGCGGCGAGGGACAAUGGUCUGCGUGGAAGGCAUCAAAGUUGGCCAAGGAGUAUGAGAAGCAGGGCGGAGACUACGAAAAUGAGGCCGGUUCGAAGAAUGAGCCGAAGAAGGGAGAGCCAGAGAAGAAGAGCGAGAGCAAAAAGAAGGCCGAGACUGGGAAUUAG